GAACGACUAUGGGGAGCUCAUAGAACCUCUGUCCUCAUCGGAGUGCCCACACUCGAUCAAGCUGGAAUGGGACGAGCCGUGCAGCCAGGGUGCGCCCAUCAUCGGCUACAGAAUCCAGUACAGCCUGGAUCCUUCAGACGAAGGGGCGUCGGAGACCAUCACAUCGCUGCACAGGCGGACGAACCUGGUCGUCUCCGACCUGAAACCCAGCCACCUGUACUUCUUCCGGGUGCAAGCGCUCAAUGAGGUUGGUUGCUCAGAGUGGACAACCUGGUCCGACGGAAUCGCGACCAAGGUGGUGGGUCCGGAAGUUCCCGACGCACCCACGCUGGUUCAGGCGAAGCCACGAGAUUUGACGAUCACCUGGUCCGAGCCGCACACCUGCGGUUUCAGGCUGAUCGGCUACGACGUCAAGGUCUCCCGCGAGGAUCCAUCGAUGAAGGAGGCCCUGAUCUUGCCCGGAGACGAGCUCGUGGUGCGCACGCACCAGCUCCAGUUGAGCGACUUGGAGCCUUUGCACGACUACUACUUCCAGGUCCGGGCCGUUGCCAACACCGGAACUUCCGGCUGGAGUGAGGUGUCUGGGCCUUUCAAGACCUGCAUGUCGGCGCCGGAGCCCUGCACGGAACUGCAAGUCACUGCAAAUCAGCUGCGACAGGUUGGCCUCAGCUUCCAGACGCCGGACACCCAUCGGCUGCCCAUCCAAAACUUCAUGGUGCGAUGGUUGGAGAAGGGCGAGGACUACCUUCUUCCGGAAGAGCUUGGGCGCUAUGAGGUGCCCAUGGAGCCUGAGAUGAUGGACAUCGGCACAUCUGUAAGCUGCACAGUGCCCGGGAUUCCUCCAGGCUUGCGGCUCUUCUUUCAGGUUGCCGCCGUUACGGAGGCUGGCAUUGGGCCUUUCUCGAAUUCCACGGAAGAGGUGAAGUGCUACCCAGACAAGCCCGGCGAGCCUCAAGCGCCUUCUUGCAAGGAGAGGACAAAGACAACUUUCAUCUUGGAGGUGGAGGACAAGGCGGAGAACCAUGGCAGCAUCGUCUUCAGGUACGAGCUGCGCUACGAUUUCGAUCCGCAGAUGCUCAAUCCGGUCCGCCGUGAGAACUAUCCUCAUGAGCCAGGCCCGGCGCUCAACAGCUUCUCGAGAAUGCAUGGACAGAGUCCGAACAAAGCCCUCCGCGCUGUCCAGAGGCUUAUUUGUAUCUCCACCAACUUGGACAGGGUCUAA